GGUACCAGCGGUCCGUACAGCCUCUCUUUAGCCCCCCCAGCCCCGUCGCUCGCUGACUGACGGAAAAUGUUAGGAAAAGCGAAAGAGGCAGGCGUGUUUUAGCAGAUGCCUCCUACUGUCCCGAUUCAGCCCGUUUACUGCCUCUCGUACAGAGAGAGAGGGUGAGAGGAGAGCGCGCGGAGUUGUCCAGGAAUUUGAAACCGCCUCAUUCGAACUUCUCCGUCUUCUUCCGUGUUUAAAACUGUCUACCCAGCCUCUCUCCGUCUCACUUCGCCGUUGACAGUCACUCGCAAGUUUGACAAACUUAACAGCUGUAGACCAGCGCGACGCAACGGGCACAGGAGUAGAGAGCAGAAGGAAGGACCCCCCCUCCCUCAGACCCCCUGUACCGCCGGACCGAAGGGCACAAACCGCCACCUGCUUCCCCUGCAGCUGUGUGUGAGGCACGUGAAGGUCAUUGAGCUGAUUGCUCUGGUGGGAUUUCUUCAGCGUGGCCUGUGCUGUUGAUCCUCAUCUGUUUUCCCCUCUCUCCUCAUCCGUUCAGGGAACAAGGCGGAACAUUAAAUCAUAAAUAACUCGACUGACGGAGUCUGGUGCCGGGAGACCGAAGGAACUGGCAGUGUAUGCGGUUUGUCUGGAGAAGAAAUCUGCUCAUCUCUGUCAGGUGCCACGAGGUGAGAUCGGUUUGAGCGAACCCCCCACACGGUCAACAGGUUGGGGUCAGAGGUCGUGGCCAUGACGACUCGAGGGCUGGUGGUCCGGCUCUUGGUGCUGCUGGGCGUGCUGGCCGUGGCUCAUGCUUCUGUCUUCCUGUCCAAUCAGAAGCCUCGAUUUCAGCGUGACCGUCGUAACAUUCGCCCUAACAUCAUCCUCAUCCUCACUGAUGACCAAGAUGUUGAACUGGGCUCUAUGCAGGUCAUGAAUAAGACUCGGCGGAUCAUGGAACAGGGUGGGACCCUCUUCUCCAACGCGUUCGUCACCACGCCCAUGUGCUGUCCAUCACGCUCCUCCAUGCUGACGGGAAAGUACGCCCAUAACCACAACACCUACACCAACAACGAGAACUGCUCCUCACCCUCCUGGCAAGCCCAACAUGAGCCGCGGACCUUUGGAGUUUAUCUGAACAACACAGGCUACCGGACAGGAUUCUUUGGGAAGUAUCUGAAUGAGUAUAAUGGUACUUACAUUCCUCCGGGCUGGAAGGAGUGGGUCGCCAUGGUGAAGAACUCCCGCUUUUACAACUACACCCUGUGCAGGAACGGUGUCCGAGAGAAACACGGGUACGAGUACUCGAAGGACUAUCUGACAGAUCUCAUAACCAAUGACAGCAUCAAUUACUUCCGUAUGUCCAAGAAGAUCUUCCCUCACAGACCAGUGAUGAUGGUCAUAAGCCACGCUGCCCCUCAUGGCCCGGAGGACGCGGCCCCUCAGUACACCACUGCAUUCCCCAACGCAUCACAACACAUAACGCCCAGUUAUAACUACGCCCCUAAUCCAGACAAACACUGGAUUAUGCGCUACACCGGCUCCAUGAAGCCCAUUCACAUGGAGUUCACCAACAUGCUACAGAGGAAGAGACUGCAGACGCUGCUGUCUGUGGAUGACAGUGUGGAGAAGAUUUAUAACAUGCUGGUGGACACUGGAGAGCUGGACAACACGUAUGUAAUCUACACCGCUGAUCACGGAUAUCACAUCGGUCAGUUUGGAUUGGUCAAGGGGAAGUCAAUGCCUUAUGAGUUUGACAUCAGAGUGCCCUUUUUCAUCCGUGGCCCGAACGUGGAGGCAGGAGGCAUCAACCCACACAUUGUCUUGAACAUCGACUUGGCCCCCACCAUCUUGGACAUUGCUGGGAUAGAUGUUCCAUCAGACAUGGACGGCAAGUCAAUCCUCAAACUCCUGGACACUGACCGUGUUAUGAAUAGGUUCCAGUUCAACAAGAAGGGAAAAGUGUGGAGAGACUCGUUCCUGGUGGAGAGAGGAAAACUGCUGCAUAAAGUGUUGGAUGAAGGAAAAGAUAUGGCCCAGGAGGAAAACUACCUGCCCAAAUACCAGCGUGUUAAAGACUUGUGUCAGCGUGCAGAGUACAAGACGCCAUGUGAACAAAUUGGUCAGAAGUGGCAGUGUGUGGAAGAUGCUACAGGGAAGCUGAGAUUAUCUAAAUGUAAAGGCAUGGCCAGCAUCUCCUCUGUGAGGAAGCCUCCUGUAUCCGACAUGAAAUCACAGAUGUACCAGCAGAGUAUGAAUUCUGAUGUCAGCGUGAACUCUGACCCUCAAGACUGCAACUGCGAACCCAAAACCUACAGACUGAGCACGUACUCCAAAAAUAAACUUUUCUCGAAAAAGAAACUGAAGUCAUUAAAGAGCUACUCUAGGAAUCGCUUCGCUCGGGCUGUUUCCAUGGAGAUGGAGGGAGAUCUGUACGCAGUGGACCUGGAUGAUGAAUACAGACCCACGGGCCCCAGGAACUACAGCAGAGGACAGAACACAGCGGAUGAGGGAGAGUUUAGUGGGAUGGGACCCACCGCAGUCAGCCAGACCAGCAACAGUCUGACUUCACCUUUAUCUAUUAAAGUCACUCACAGGUGCCACAUUUUGGCAAAUGAGACAGUGAAAUGUGACGUCGGUCUUUACAAAUCACUGCAAGCGUGGAAGGAUCACAAGCUCCAUAUUGACCAUGAAAUCGAAACACUCCAGACGAAGAUUAAGAACCUGCGUGAGGUCAGAGGUCACCUGAAAAAGGCACGACCUGAGGACUGUGACUGCAGCAAAUACAUUUACAAGUCCAAAUACAAGAAUAAACUGAGAAGAUACAAAACAGGAAAUGUCCAUCCAUUCAGGAAAGGGAUGGAGAAAGAUAAGAAGACCUGGAUAUUGAUGGAGCAAAAACGCAGGAAGAAACUAAGAAAGCUGCUGAAGCGCCUGCGCAACAAUGACACCUGCAGCAUGCCCGGCCUCACCUGCUUCACACAUGACAACCAGCACUGGCAGACUGCCCCCUUCUGGACAUUGGGCCCGUUUUGUGCAUGCACCAGUGCCAAUAACAACACCUACUGGUGCAUGAGAACAAUAAAUGAGACGCACAACUUCCUGUUCUGUGAAUUUGCCACUGGAUUUCUGGAAUACUUUGACCUCAAUACAGAUCCGUAUCAGUUGAUCAAUGCGGUGAACACACUGGAUCGGUAUGUUCUGAAUCAGCUGCACGUUCAGCUCAUGGAGCUCAGAGGCUGUAAGGGGCACAAGCAGUGUAACCCCCGCACACGCAGCUUUGAUGUCGAGGGCAAAUUUGGGAAGGCUGGGAAGGAUAAUUCGCAAAAGGAGGAAGUCCCGGAAGACACCGACCUGUUUCCCGGGGAGUCGAACUGGUCAGAACUUGAACCCUUGUACAGACUCGAUGAGCACGCCUACGAUCUCAAACUCAACUUCACACUCAGUCUGGAUGACUGGGCUCAUUUCAGCCGCUCUGUGGACCACAUGUUCACGCUCCUCAGCAACGACAACCAGCCCUACUCUCCGCCCCGCCCGGAGGAUGGAGAAACGGGACGAGGCCACGCUCGAGUGUCCUCCUCCAGCCAAUCCGCUUCAGCCAUCUACCUGACCACCCUGGCCACACCCGCUCUUUUAUUGAAGCAAGCAGGCGCUGAGGUUUUGAGAGACGCUUUUGGGUUAGACUGGGGGGGAAGUCCCGCCUCUUUUUCACGUCGCCCGCCACCUGUUGGGUCGGAGGGGGGCAAUGCGGACCGGGACGCUCCUCCUGAGCUCCUCAGUGAGAGAGACUGGAGGGAGGAGGAAGAGGAGGAGUUUGUGAAGAGACGGACAGGGAGGUUAAGCUGCGCCCACUGUGACAGCAAUGAUGUUUUGCAGGAGACGGUUUGACUCUGAUUUCAUGUUCCUCUCCCUCCCUCUCUCCACAGAAGAGACAUCUAAAUGAUUCAAAAACAAGGUUUAAUGUCAGCCGACUUUGUUUUCCUCUCUUGUAUGUUCCCUCGCUCCAUUUCUUUCGUUAACCGGCCUCAGAAGAGCGGCAUCAUUCUGCAACAUUCCCAGCUACAGUCAGUCCGUUUCCUCAAAUCGUCUGUGAGAUCCGCUAGGCUUUGAACAGAGCACAUCCUUUUCUCUUUUAAUAAGAAAGAAUCCACACACUUUUUAUUCUUUUAGAUUUGUUUUGUUCCAGAGGGAUUUGGGAAGGGGUGGGGGUUACGAUCCAUACUAUUAAAAAUUUGUCAAAUCAUAUGGAAUGAGUUACAUAUUCAGUUUAAACUGUAAUGCACCAUAAUUCUUGAUGGCUGCUUUUUCGCUUGGUGUCUAUUGAAAGUAUCUCCCUUUUUGGGAUGUUGUCUUCUAUAGCCUUACAACUUUACAGAACAACACCUCAAAAUAGGUCAAUAGUGUGCGUGUGUGCCUGUGUGCGUUUGUGUGUGGUGUGUGUGUCCACGUGCGAGUGGGUGUGUGUGUGCACAAAAUGGGUUCCUUGUCUUUUGAAGUAAAAGGUGAACAAAUAUUGUGUUUUCUGAUUUCAUGUGUAACUCAUAACGUAUGUUAAAUCAUUAAUAGUUCACAUUUGGAUAUUGUCUCUUUUUAUUUUGAUAUUAAAAUGUUCAUUUUG